CGAACAUCGCAAAGAAAGGUAUGGGAUCUCGUAGCAACAGCGGAAUACUGAGAUAAUGGCGAGGCUGAACCCAAUGGUUGCUCGACAUAACUCGAACACGGGAGGGGCACAUCGCUCUAAUCUACCCGAGCCAUCUAAUUUCCAUCGACAAGACGUAGUCCAUGAAAAGGGUGGUCGACCAAAUGCUCCGAUACGUCGUCGACGAGGGUCGAUGUUGCGGAUGACAGUUCUAGCCAUUGUUGUUCUAUCCAUGGUCAUUGCAUUUAUCAACAUUCAAUUGGCUACUAUUGCGAACGAUGCAACAAUUAGAACCGACUCGAAACGAAAUCGAAAAAAAAWUCCUAACGACAACGGCAGUGCGAAGACAACUGAUGAAACGAUGCCGCAGCAAUCACUUCCCGUGGACAAAGUUCCUUUGGAAAGAAACUCCACUGUUGGUACUAAAGGCGAUGUGAAUGACGUGGUUGGUAGCAACAAUGCAACCGAUUCAAAGGAGGAUCCUCUCGAGAUUUCCAGGACGUUCGACGAUCCGCCAAUAUUCGAAGCUCCCGUUGUCAGCCCAGAUACCAAGGACUUUGAUCCCAGUAUACCCGGAGUUGUUGUCACCAAGAUCCAAGGAAAUCCACACCUACCAGCACUGAAGCAGAUGCUGUGUUUGUUUACACACGCGUACAACAAUAGAGCAAAUCGCGACAUCAUUGUGUUUACAACCGAAGAGUUGGAAGCUAAGGACGUCGAAGAGCUCAGCGCUAUUGUUUCUCCCGCAAAAUUGAUUGUGGAGGUCGACAACCCCGGGCUCCACAAAAUGGUGGAUGAUAUGUCUCCAGAACGGAAGAAACACUUGCUCGACCGCUGCCACGUCAAUUCCACUUCGGAGCUUUCUUGGUACUCGAAGUGUGAAGAAAAGACCUCUUACUGGGAUCACAAAGGUGAGCGCAUCGCGUACGCCUGGCAGGCCGAAUUCCGUGCGCUGUGGUUGUGGACCCAUCCGUUGCUAGCCCCAUACAAGUACAUGAUGUGGAUGGACAGCGACACGUUUUGCACCCGCGUCUGGAACCAGGAUCCAAUCGCAACCAUGGAGAGGCACGACUUGGCCUUGGUACGUUAUCGAUAAUUCAACCCCCGGCACAAGCUAUCCACGAUGGACUGGGUUGCGACCAAGAGUUCAUCUACUCAUUCUUUUAAGCUUUCCUUGCUUGCAAUGCUCACAUGGUUUCCUCGAUCUUGAUUUUCCACCGUCAUGCGCUACGCACGUGUUUGCAACAGUUGUUCGAUCAUUUUCCCCAGGGGUCUGCGAGAGGAAAAGAAUUUCCGGAACGAACCAAAGAAGCUUUCAAUAAAGUGAUAUGCGACAUCUCUUUGGUCAAUGGUACUCUUGUUCCGCGGGGAGGCAAAUGUAUUCGAAGAAAGAAAAGCAAGAUCUCACAGGUGCACGGAUUCUUCCACGUGAGUUCGCUCGAUUUUUAUCGAAGCGAUGCCGUGAUGAAAUGGAACCGAGCACUGAUAGGAGAUUCAAAAUUUAGUCGCGUGUUCGACGAUCAAAUUGGCAUUACCAUACCAGCAGCAGUUUUAGCCGGGGAGCGAUCUAGAGAUAUGAGAAGCCUUGGCGUAUAUACCAGAGUCUUCCACAACUAUGUUAUCGAUGGUCUCAUGCAGGAAUGGAGGGGCUAUUUUACAAAUUGGUGGCAGAAGAAUGCCGAUACAAUCUUCCCCGAGGCAAAGCAAUGCGUCAUUACUAUUAAAGGGURAUGCAUGYGAGGCACAGUUACUUGAAUAGUGAUUUGAAAUCUACAAGACGUAAAUUAACACCGAAGGAGUAG